ACUCAAUACCCAUACAAUUCAAUCCAGCAAUUGCGCUUCACCACCUCCCUCAAACACCACACAAUCAUAUACCCACCACUGUCUCUCUCCAAUACCGUCUGCGACUCAGCCAUUCUCCGUUCACCCUCUCCACGCCCCUCCAAACACCUAGACACCAUUCGCCCACCUCCGACUGAACCCCGAGGCCAUCAAUCGCAUCACAACAACUUCCAAUUGAUUAACAUCCAGACCCCUCAAAAUGUCCCCACCACACGCACAACCCCCUCGGGCUCCCCCACCGGCCCAAACAUCCCGAUUCCGAGUCCUACCCCCCGAUCUAGCCAAAGCGCGCCGCACCACCCCUCAACCGCAACAGCCACCGCAACAACACCAACGGCCCCGAUCCCACCCCCGACCUUCUUUCUUCAGCCACCUCCGCAAUAGCUACGCCUCUCUCCCUCGUCCCUUCCGCUUCAUGGGCACCCUUCUCCCCCUCAUCCCCAUCGGCCUCUUCUUCUCCGAGCACGUAUGCCAAGUGAUGUGGGUACGCGGACCCAGCAUGACGCCGUACCUGAAUGAAGACUACGACCAAAUGCAGACGAAGAGCGAUAUAGUUCUUGUGAACAUGUGGGGUGGGGGUGGAUUGUGGCCGUGGGAACGGAAGAGGAGGUUGGAGAGGGGGAUGGUGGUUACGUUUCGAUCUCCUGCAAACCCCCGUCACAUGGCCAUAAAGCGCAUUAUCGGAUUACCCGGGGAUCAGAUCACCACAAGAGAGCCCUGUCUGAAGGAGUCGCAGAUUGUGCCGUAUAAUCAUGUAUGGUUGGAGGGUGAUGCGAAGGAUCCGAGGAAGACGCUGGAUAGUAAUUCGUAUGGGCCGGUGAGUAUCAGUUUAAUUACGGGGAGGGUGAUGGCCGUGCUGCAUCCACAGUGGAGGUGGUUGGAUUGGUCGGGUUGGGAGAAUGGGGUGGUGGAAGGUGAUGUGGAGCGCAAGUUUGGGGAGGAUUAUAGACAGGAGGUGCGCGAUCGGGUGGUGAAAGAGGCUGUGAAGUUGGAGAGGCCGUUUUUGGAGUGAAUGUUAUGUGUUAUGUGAGGUAUUAGUAGUAUUUGUCGGUAUGCG